AUGAAGGUGGAUGCCUUUGUCAUACCUACCGAAGAUGCUCACCAAAGUGAAUACACAGCCGAAUGCGAUAAUCGUAGAUCCUGGUUGUCAGGGUUCACGGGUUCUGCAGGCUGUGCUAUUGUGACAAGGGAGAAAGCUGCAUUAUUUACAGAUGGAAGAUAUUUUCUGCAAGCUUCCCAAGAAUUGGAUUUGGAGCAUUGGAAAUUAAUGAAACAGGGAUUACCAGGUGUACCUACAUGGCAAGAAUAUUUGAUUAAGGAUAUACCUGCCAAUUCAAGUGUGGGUAUUGAUCCUUCCGUGAUCAGUGCAGAUGAAGCAAGUAAACUGGAAAAGGAUCUUGGUUCGAUAGGCUCUCGACUAAUUUACUUGGAAACCAACCCUGUGGAUCAAAUUAGAAGGGAUCGCCCCCAGCGACCUUCGGAGCCGGUUCAUGUACAUCCUAUCCAAUAUGCAGGGAAAUCCGUUCAAUCUAAAUUAAAUGGCCUUCGUAGUGCUUGUGAUGGUCACCCCACAGUGAUUUCCUCGUUGGAUGAAAUAGCCUGGUUAUUGAAUUUACGUGGUGCGGAUAUUCAUUGUUCUCCCGUCUUCUUUUCUUACUGUCUUGUCACUAAGGAUGAUGCCACAUUGUAUAUUCAACCUAGUACGCAUUUAUCUACUGCAGUGAAAUCGCAUUUAGCUGAAGGGGGUGUUCAUAUCAAAGCGUAUGAGAACAUUCUCGAGGAUCUAAAGACAAUAAACGAUACUUUCUCUCUCGACCCACAUACCACCAACAUGUCUAUUCUAGGAAGCAUUCAACAUAAAGAAUAUCAGUCAUCACCAUCUUAUAUCAGUCUUGCCAAAGCAGUAAAGAACCCGUCUGAAUUAAACGGAAUGCGACAAUGUCAUAAGCGAGAUGCAGUUGCCUUAUGUAAGCAUUUUAGUUGGUUAUCUCAUAGUUUGAAAAGAGGAGAUAAGAUUCGAGAGUUUGAAGCAGCCAGUCACUUGGAAAGCAUGCGAGCCACAGACAGGAGUUAUGUGGGACCUUCAUUUGAUACAAUUGCUGCCACGGGACCCAACGGAGCGAUUAUUCAUUAUCAGCCACAUGAGACAGACUCUGCAUGGAUCGACCCUACACGAGUCUAUCUUUGUGAUUCAGGUGCACAAUAUGUAGAUGGUACUACAGAUAUCACACGUACUUUUCUGUUUGAUGGUGUACCUACCCAGUUUCAAAAACGAGCAUUUACAAGAGUAUUACAGUCGCAUAUUGCAGUAGACACAGCCAUCUUUCCUCAAGGCACCACAGGCUAUCAGCUGGAUGCUGUGGCUAGAGUGCCACUAUGGAAAGACGGAUUAAAUUUCAGACAUGGCGUCGGACAUGGAGUGGGAGCUCAUUUAAACGUACAUGAAGGACCGCAUGGGAUUGGCAGUCGAUUAGGAUAUAACAACGUGGCACUUCAGCCUGGGAUGGUUGUGACCAACGAGCCUGGUUAUUAUGAAGAUGGACAGUUUGGAAUCCGGUUGGAGAAUAUCAUGACAGUGCGCCGAGUGAAUACUGCGUACCGUUUUGGACAGGUGGAUUCACUAGGAUUUGAGCAUAUUACGUUUGUGCCUUUUGGAAAAACUCUGGUAGAGACAGAGCUAAUGACCAAAGAGGAUAAAUUGUGGUUGAACGCCUACCAUCAAGAAUGCCGAGAUAUUUUGGAGCCGCUUAUAAAAGAUAGUCAAACACUGACAUGGAUUGAAAGAGAAACGGAGCCAAUCAUUGAAUAA